AAUAAACGCAACCACGUGAAACGGGAUUUUAGUCCCGACUGUUUGCAAUCUUUUUCCUGAACAUCGGGUGUGUGAUUUCGCAAACUGUGCGCAUAAUUUACCUAUUUAAAUAUUCACCAUGGAGUACAUGAGCGAUAUGACCAGCGAUCCGCAAGCUGUGGGCAAAAUCCUUUGCUGCGAGUGUGGGGUUGCGAUCGAACCAAACUCUGUUAGCAUGUGCGUCAGCUGUCUCAGGACAACAGUGGACAUCACUGAGGACAUCCCUAAGCAAGCCACCAUUCAAUUCUGCAGAGGAUGUGACAGGUAUUUGAAGCCUCCAUCCGAGUGGGUGAGCUGCGUGCUGGAGUCGAGGGAGCUGCUGGGUCUGUGCCUGUCCAAGCUGAAGGGGUUGAGCAGGGUGAAGCUGAUAGACGCCAGCUUCGUGUGGACCGAGCCGCAUUCAAAGCGGCUCAAGGUCAAGCUGACCGUGCAGGCCGAGGCGAUGACCAAUCUUUUCCUGGAGCAGGCCUUCAUCGUUGAGUUCACGAUCGCCAACCAAAUGUGUGAGGACUGCCACCGCACGGAGGCCAAGGAUUACUGGAAGUGCAAGGUGCAAGUCAGGCAGCGGUGUCAGAACAAGAAAACCUUCUACUACUUGGAACAGCUGAUUUUGAAACACAAGGCCCAUGAAAACACCCUCAGCAUCAAACCUAUUCAUGAGGGGAUCGAUUUCUUCUACGCAUCCGAGGCGCAUGCCAGAAAAAUGGUCGACUUUUUGCAGGCUGUGUUGCCGGUUAAAACCACUAGCUCGAAGAAGCUCAUUUCGCAUGAUGUGCACAGCAACACUUACAAUUACAAGAUGACCUACAGCGUGGAGAUAGUGCCUCUUUCCAAGGACAGUUUGAUUUGCCUUCCAAAAAAACUGUCACACCAGCUGGCAGGCAUCAGUCAACUGUGCCUGGUAGCCAGGGUGACCAAUGCGGUUCAUUUAAUUGAUCCGUGCACUGCGCAAGUUGCUGAGGUUUCUGGAAACGUAUUUUGGAGAACUCCUUUCGACGCGAUUGCAAAUCCAAAGCAGCUGGUGCAGUACACGGUGAUGGAAUGCGAACCCAUCUUCUCACAGUCUCAGGCUUUCCCUGGCCAGGGACCGAUUUCCAAUAAGCAUACGCUUGCCGACGUUUGGGUUGUCCGCAGUUCCGAGCUGGGCAUCAACAACAACCUGAUCCACACAAAGACUCACCUGGGCAAAAUUUUGAACCCUGGUGACACAGUUAUGGGAUACUGCUUGGCCGAUAGCAACGUGAACGACCCUAAUUUCGACAAAUUGAAAGAGGAUAAGGUGCCUGAUGUUGUCUUGGUUUACAAGUACUACGGAGACAGGACUGCCCGCAAACACCAGCGCGCGUGGAGGCUCCGACAUUUGCACGACGACGUCAAAUCGACCAACACGGACUAUGGCGAUUUCUUGGACGACCUGGAGAGUGACCCGCAGUACAGGCAGAACGUCAAUAUUUAUCGCAGGAAAGACGUUCUUCCGCCUGUGGAGGAAGGCGAGGAUGAAGAUGACGAGCGGCCUACAAUUUCUCUGCAGGAAAUGCUGGAAGAUCUUGUUUUGGAUGACGCUGAAAUGGCAGAUGUUGGAGACGAGGAUGAUAUGGAUGAUUAAAUUUUUUGUAACCCUUAUUGUAUUGUUAUCAGAUGCACGUGAACAAUAAAGCUGAAAUCAUUAUCUGA